CAUUCGGUCAUGAUCAGCAAACUGUCUUCCACAUUGCUGCGCAAUGUUCGCCCCGCUUUGCGUAGUCCGGUGCGUACCUUUGAUGGACUGGGUCCGUUGGUGACUCCUCCUAUGGUGUUUAUUCCGUUUUGGGAAAAAUGUCUUCAUUGUGCGAUAUUCAUCACCAUGGUGAUGGCUUAUCCGACGUGGGUACUCUACCAUAUCGACUACUACAGAAAAGUAGUUGCAGGCGAAAUCGAGGGCAAAUAA